AAGAAAUGUAGAGUUUAUUUUUCUGUUUUUGAUAUAAUGAUUACAUUUUAUUUUUCUUAUCGGAAAAUAUAACCUGGCCUGCGUACGCCAUCAAACUUUGCCCGGGUUGACUUCAGAAACGUCGCGAGUGCUAUGGAAACUGAGUAUUCCAAAAGGGUGUAUCAAGGAGUCAGGGUGAAGCACACAGUGAAAGACCUACUGGCAGAGAAGAGAUCAAGACAGACAAGUGGACCCAGAUAUAAUGGUGGAAUGAGUCCUCCUCAGGCUGCUUUUGUUCAAAUGCCAGGAUACCCUUCCUACAUGGAUGGGCACUACGCCGAGGCCCUUGGAGACUAUCGGACUACAACAUUCCCCACUGGAGGGAGGGAGCUCUUUCCUCCAUCAGUGCUGCCUUCCAUCUUGCCACCCUUCUCCGGAGACUCUUCACAUUUUUUAAUGAGAGACUCCUGGGAGCAGAACACCACCGACACUGUGACUCAGACUGAGGUCCUGUGCUCUGAUGCGCUAACUGCAGCUCCAGCCCCGCCCCUGGCCCCAGCCCCACCCACUCUGUUCAUUACGGAGUCUGGGAGCAUAACUACUGACCGGGCCUCAGCCCGCAACUCGGCCCUCGCUAGCAGCCAGCCCUACACCCUCCACUCACUGAAUGAGGCACAUUACCCUACACCAUACCCUACCACCACCAGUUACAUGCCAUGCACCUCUUAUAUGGCCAUCCCUGGUGACCUGACACCGAGAAUGGCCCCACUUUCCACAGAGGACUCAGAGAGGGCUCCAGUCCCCAGUAACACCCUUAACUGGGCCAAAGAUGACGGGAGCAGCUGUUGGCCACCAUAUGAGAUCCGGAGAGUAUACUGAGCUCCGUCUACAGUGGACAGCUUUAACAGAUUUCUGUAAGGGCUCCUCUGAAGGAAUUGUAUCCAUCCUCAGUUAAUCUCAGAUACAGCCUGUUUUCCAUAAUUCACUGGGACACAAAUAUCAGUCAUACACUCUGUAUCCUUACCCAGGGACAAGAUUGGUAUCUUGGAAGAUCAAUAUUCUAUUUUAAUGUGCCUUAUUUGUUUUCAUGCCCAGUGACCAUUGAACAUUUCAUUCAAUUCAUUGAAUGAUUUAAGGGCAUGUAUGUAUUUUUGUAUUUCAUUUCAUGUGGAAAUAACAAUAAAGUAAAAUGUUACUUUUCA